AUGCCGGAUCCCAAUUACAUUUCAUUCCAAACAGAAGUAACAUGGGCAAUGCGAUCGGUCCUGGUUGACUGGCUCGUUGAAAUCAACAUGAAGCUCAAAUUGCUUCCCGAGACGCUUUUCCUGGCCGUCUACCUGACAGAUCGAUUCUUGUCCAUAAGAACGGUGUCGGUGACAAAGUUGCAGCUGGUGGGGAUUACGGCAACCCUGAUAGCCUCAAAAUAUGAAGAGAUUCUUUCACCCUCGAUUUCAAAUUUUGUUUAUCUUUCCGAUAAUACUUUUGACGAUCAGGAAAUACUGAAGGCCGAAGUGUACAUGCUCAACUCGCUCCAAUUCAACCUUUCCUAUCCCAAUCCAUACAUGUUUCUUCGAAGGAUCUCCAAAGGGGACAAUUAUGAUAUUCAAACGAGAACUUUGGCAAAGUAUUUUUUAGAAUCGUCCUUGCUUGAGCAUUCGUUUCUCUCAUACCCCCCUUCUAUAUUGGCGGCGUCAGCAAUGUAUUUGGCAAGAAAAAUGAUCUUUCCAAAGACGGACUGGAACCAAAGAAUGUCAUUUUUCUCGGGAUAUUCAGAGCCACAACUAAUGCCUUGUGCUAAAAGCUAUAUUUCAUUUUUCCAAAGGCCCCUCGCCCAUGAAACCGUAUUCAAAAAGUUCUCAUCCAGAAGAUUGCUCAAAGCAAGCAUCUUUGUGCGCGAUUAUAUGGUCAAGCUGCAAGGACAGACAUCCAGCACUACGCCUGCUCAAUGA